UAACAUUGUAUAUCCUGCAUGUACUAGUUGUCAAUCAUUUCCAGCAGGGUGUAUAUUGUACGAGAGGUCUGAUUCUUUGAGUUGUGAAGCAUUUUCAUGAAAGAUCCAGGUUUGGAGUCGAUUUCGAUUGUGUGACUUCACUUCUGACUGCGACAUUAGUCGGAGGUAACUGACUGCGACAUUAACCAGAAGUAGAGAAAUACGAAGUAGUGACAACGAGACAAAAUAUCCUUCUUACCAGAGAGCCGGCGGUAAGAAGCAGCUGUUCAAAGGCAUUCACGGUGUAAAGUGUCGAUGGUAAAAUAUCAGCCUAGUCAUGGUAGAACAACUAGAUCAAAACAGCUCGACACUAACCACUCAGGUCUUCUCUGAAGACGCUGAAAAUAUCAGUCAAGACCGUCUUUCUCUCGACCCAGAGAUUGAUCCUCAUGAUCAUCAAAUUGGACCUGAUAUAGGAACUAGAACGUCCUGUGGUGAUCGCAACCAUUGGAUUACUGAUCUAGUACCAAGGCGGAGAAUCUCUCAGGAAACUAGUGCUUACCGUGUCGUUAUGUAUGUCAUGGCAGCUACAGGACUCAUCGUCAUAUAUGUCCCGUUUCUUCCCCGGAAACAUUCUGCAAAGACAUUCUUUGCUAUGCUUUACGUUCUUCGAAAUAUAUUUAUGAAUUUAUUAGUAGUAUCUGCACUCGUAGGUAUGAUAUGGUUGACUCUGAGGGUAAAGAAAUUGCAUGAAUGGGGAUUGGUGCUGUGGCCUCAACGUUGUAAGCACUGUUUGAACAUAAUAUGUCAGAUCAAGUUCCGCGAUUCAACCGUUGCUGUCGAGAUUGAUGGCUUUUCUCAAAAACUGAUUCCUGGUUCACUGAGUGAAGAACUACUUGACAACAUUACAAGAGUCAGCAAUGUAACGCUGAACAUUUCGUAUAUAUUUUCAGGUCUGGCUCUCCUAUCCAUACCACCUAUUAUAAUGACAAAUAUCAUUUGUUUAAACCAACACUCACCACUCAACCCGACAGCCCAGACCAACAAGGAGCUGACCAUGCAGUUAUUGGUUGUUUUAAGUCAAUUUAUCUAUCUCUACAUCUUGAACUUUCACUUCAUCCCUACCUUUAAGGAUGCCCACUUUGUUCCAGUGCCCAAGAUAUGGUGGUCUUUUGUCCUCCUAAUCCAGGUUGCUAUUUGGACAUCCAUCCAGAAGCUUUUGCGACCAUUUGCAAUUCUUGCGAAUGGUGAGCACCGCACACCCUACCCUUGUCCGAUGAAUUCCACUUUAGGUGAAGUGCUUCAUGGUAUCGGUGAUAUUUCGCUAACAUUUACAGUUGAACUUCCGGUUAUGCUGGCCCUUUUGCUAAUUGAAAUGUGGUCACAGAUUCUCCCAGAGCACGUCAAAUCCCUGAUGAAAGACACAAACACAUGCCAAUCUACCAUCCAUAUUAAAUCCAUCACUCGACGUUCAAAUUGGAUCACUCUAAGAAACUUUACCAACAGAAUUCUGAACAGGAGAAAGCUUUCCAAAAACCUAUCUGAAUUAUCACCAUUAUUUAAUGAUAAUAUUGAGAUGGAGUCUGUACGUAGUGGUAAUUUAGGCAACAGAAUGUGUCAUGAUUUUACUACAAGUUACCAUUAUAACAAGACUAUGAGAAACGAAAAAGAAAAGGUAUUAUCAAUAACUCUGCUGCUAUGCGUCAUAUACUUUGGAAUAAGCAAUUACCUUCUAGCUGGAGAAAAUUACCCAAAUGGCAUCAACAUCCAAUGGAUUUUACAAAUGAUGUUUUUCACUCCAGUGUUGUUGGUAAUCAUAAAACAGGCGAAAGUAACUAAAAAGGGCAAUCGAAAUUUAUCGACCAGAUAUGAUGUACGUUCUGUCAACACCCCAUCAGAGAAAAAUAACACAAUGCUUUUAAUUUCUCUCUCUGGAGCGUGUCUGUUUGAUAUGUUUUGUUUCGUGUCAUCUUUAGGGAACCUCGUGUCAGGUCCUGGACUAUUAUCCCAUGAUGAGAUGGUUCUUAACCUGGUAAGCGUCUUCAGCUGUGUCUUCGGUCUUCUUUGUAAAUGCAUCCAAUCUACCUUUAUCUUAAAGGUAGAGCAUCAGCAACUCAACGACUACCAGGAAAUGAAAUGGACAUCCCGAUGCUUAUUGGCUGUAGGAAUGGUCAAUGCUACACAGUGGUUAUUGGAUAGUUUGUCUCAUGAAGAAGAGUGGCCUGUCUUGAGUAUGUUCUUUGAAGGAAAUGUAGGACUCGUCAUCGGGAUGAUAUUUGUACCAUUCCUUCAUUUGUACGAACUCCAUAUUGCUAUCAUGGCAUAUGAAAUCUAUCAACACAAGCGGGGAGAGAAAUUAUGCAUCUGAAUUUCAUAGUAGGGGAAGGUGGGGCAUAACGGACCCUAGGGGCAAAACGGAAUUUGCAUAAGUUAACUAAGUACGCCCUCAUAACAAAUUCUUUGCAGUAGACGACAUGGCGGCAUAACAUCAACCAUGAACUUUCAUCCAGCAACAUCUGAACACAUCCGAGUAACUCCUCUUCAAAGUUAUUUCACCCUCGUGAUCUAAGAUAAGGGGAUGAUUAUGGAGCUGUAAAUUUGUAGUUGCUG